CCGAGCUUUCGCCCUGCGUUGCGGCGUCGUCGCAAGGCUCUGCGAAAGGACGGAGUUACUCGCACCGCUCCCCGCUUCAUGCCUGCAGAGGACGCCGUAACUGCAGCGAUUCUCCUCACUGUCAUGCACCUCUGAACCUGCUGGACUGGACGCAGUGUUUUUCCUAGAUAACGACAAUGCCACGCUCUUCCCCGCCCAUUGCUCUGUUGUGCUGUUCGUCCGCGUCGUUAUGCUUCACCUCCGAUUUUCUGCGUUUUUGGUUCUCGUGAGUGCGCUUAAUUGCGCAGGCGACCCGUGGGCGCGGAAGAGGGAUGCAGCAAACAGCGGUCUCGUGAACAUCAAUCUCGCUGAGCAUCUUAACAACAGAGCCUUUGGGGCUUUUCCUGGUGAUGCCGACUUUGACGGGUCCAGGCAGUCUUACCCCGCACAGUCGCUGUCGUCCAAUGGUUCCUUCAAAUCGAGGAGUUCCGGUGUAGACUAUCUCUUGCCGGCGACAGGGAGACCUGAUGCGAGCGACAACGUCGUGUGCCUAGGACAGACAAUUGCAGUGUCUCCGGACAAGUACUUCAGCGCUCAACUGCUAAUCGCAAGCGACCGGAGAGACAAGGCCGUGACCAAAAAUGUUACCUUUACUUACUCCGACAACAGCAGCACCGUAGCAGAGGUCCGCGCAGAGCCGUGGUGGGCGUUUCUUACCCUACACAAGGGCGAGAUCAUCUUGCCGUACCGGUACACUUCCAAUGACACGGACUGGAACACUACGCACAUCCACGAGUACACUGCUCCGUUGGAGUAUGGAAAGACGUUGACGUCCAUCAGUCUUCCGACAACCAGCAAUGCCACUACCGGCAGGCUGCAUGUCUUUGCCGUGUCUUUGAGACAGGCAGACGGCGUGCAGGUGCAGCAUGUACGACCGACACAGAAGGAAGGAGAAAGCAAUGUACAGCUCGUGGAGGUAACAGUGGGCAACGGUGGCCCUGAAUGGAUACAUGGUGACGGCAUUCAGAUUUCGAUAGAUGCCCCUGGAAUUGAGACGGUACAGGCAGCCCAUAUCAAGCGUCUACGACCAGGAGACCAAAAGAAGGUCAACGUGGGUGUUGUAGGCAGCACCGAUUCCACUGUCUCCGCAACGGUCCAUCUCCGAGACGACAACGAGCAAGACAGCUUCCAGUUUCCCGGUCUUGCGUUCGGAUUCAAGAACUUUACGAAAUCGCCGGAUAGCCUGGCCUUGCAUGAGUCUCCGGAGUGGUUCAACGACGCCAAAUUCGGCAUCUUCAUCCACUGGGGCGUCUAUUCAGUGCCGGCAUGGGGCAACUCGACGCCCUACGAGGUAUACGCAGAAUGGCACUGGUGGUACUCGCACAACCGCGCCGCCGACAAGGCCGACGUCUACGACUACGAUCUCCGCACCUACGGCCCCGACACCGUCUACGACGACUUCUUCCAAAAUUUCACCGCCGAGCACUACAACGCAAGCGAAUGGGUGGACCUGAUCGCGGCAGCCGGCGCGCAAUACUUCGUCAUAACCAGCAAGCACCACGACGGGUUCGCGCUCUUCGACACGCAAAACACGUCACAGCGCAACGCGGUGCACCACGGGCCGGGGCGGGACGUGCUGCGCGAGCUGUUCGACGCCGCCGCGGCGCGCCACCCCCACCUGCGCCGCGGCACGUACUUCUCGCUGCCCGAGUGGUUCAACCCCGACUUUGGACCCUACGGCUUCACGCAGACCACCAGCAACGCCUCGACGUCGUGGCUGGGCAUGCAGGCCCGCAACCCGUACACCGGCGCGCUGGAGCCGUACACAGGGCGCGUGCCCGUGGGCGAUUUCGUCGCCGACGUGCUGCUGCCGCAGCAGGAGCAGCUGGCCUACAUCUACAACACCAGCAUCAUGUGGUGCGACUGCGGGGCCGCAAACAGUACGGCCGAGUUCGCCUCGCGCUGGUUCAACUCGCGCCGCGACGUGGCCAUGAACGCGCGCUGCGGGCUUCCGCACACGGCGGACUUCGACACGCCCGAGUACGCGACGCUGGGGGCGGCGACGGCGCGCAAGUGGGAGGCCAACCGCGGCCUGGAUCCGUAUAGCUACGGGUACAAUCGCGCGACGCCGGACGCGGCAUAUAUGAAUGCGUCGACGGUUGUGGCGAUGCUGGUGGAUGUGGUUGCGAAGAACGGGAACUUGCUGCUUGAUAUUGGGCCUAGGGCUGAUGGGACGGUGCCAGAGGUGCAGGCGAGGGCGUUGAGGGGCGCGGGGGGCUGGAUUGAGAGACAUAGCUCUGCGGUUGUGGGGGCGCGGUACUGGUUUGUUGCUGCUGAGGCUGGGGUGGGUGGAGAGGGUGCUGAGAGCGGUGUAACGGGAGUGAGAUUCACGCAGACUGACGACGCGUUCUACGUCUUUUUUAUGGGGGGCAUGCCGGUGCCGGGACGGGAGAUCGUGGUACAGGCUGCUGUGCCGGUGUUGCCGGGGGACAGAGGUGUGAUGUUAGGGGAGGCUCAAGUAGGUGAAGAGGAAGAGGAAGAGGAAGAGGAGAUCGAAGUCGAGAUAAAAGUCCUAGAAGGGACAGGGUGGCUGAGCGUGCGCUGGCCGGAAGAGAUGGAGGGGCGGGGCGAGUGGUGCUGGGUUCUGAAAGUGGAGUAUCGCGCUUAAGUGCGUAGUGUUAAAGUUAGAUGAGAAGGAGGAAGUGCGCUUGCGCUCUUUUGCACUCUUUAAUCGUCUUGUGGAGAUGCAUUCGUUCGUUUAGUGGGUUGGUGGUUGAGAUUU